CCUUCAUUAUUUGUUGUGUAUUUGAAAUUGUGUGUUGUGCAUCUUGUUUUGUUUCGGCGCUUGUAUAAGAUUGUAAAAAAAUAAUUGGUAGAAAUGGAAUUAUGUGAAUAUAAAAAAAAAAAGAUUUUGACAUUUAAUAUCUGAAUAUCAAGCGAAUCAUAGAACUAGUCAUAAUAUGUUUUAAACAUAAAGUAUAAUUGACGCUGAAAAUGAUCCUCGGACAUUUAUUCGUUUUAGGUUUUUUGUGUUCAGUAACUGCUGCAUCCUUGGUACAAAUGCGCGUAGUUACAGAAACUGCUAACUAUGGUUAUUUUGCCAACAGUGUAGAUGUUGAAAAUCCUAAUAAGUUAGUUCCUUCUGUGUCUCCAGCUAAUUUCAGUGGUCCCGAGUUAUUCCACAGAUUACUUGGAAAGUGCUACAAUUUAACUGAAGAGAGGUAUAGAUACACAUUUUGCCCCUUUCAAAAUUUUACACAGUAUGAAAUAUCUCCCAGGUGGAAUGCUUAUCAAGGAAUACUAGGCAUUUGGAGUCACUGGCAUAUAGAGAAUAACACAUUUGCAGCUAUGGUUUUUAAGAAUGGUGAUCAAUGUGGUGAUAUUGACAGAUCAGUUAAAGUUUCCUUGAAGUGUGGCCCUAAUGAAACUUUAUUAAAUGUAACUGAACCUACCAGAUGUCAAUAUUCAGCAUUAUUUAGGACUAGAUAUGUAUGUCAUAAAGAUGCCCUUGUGGUAUAUCCACGGCUGAGCUCUGAAUUACAAAAAGAAUGGAACCAUUUGCUAACAGAGUUACACUAUGGAGAUAUUACAAAGAAAGGAUAUCAAGUUGGUUUAGAAAAAAUAUUUCAAAAAGCAGGUUUAGCAGAUACCAAUCCAACUAAACGCCCAGAAACCACAACAACUGCUACAUCUUUAAAAGAAGGUGAUACAUUUAUUGAUCUUCAGACAUGCAAUAAGCAAUAUAAAAACCUUAAAGAUGAAAUUGCUAGACUGAGUUUAGAACUUGAAGCAAUGAAGUUAAUGCUUGAUUUAAGUAAAAUGCAUAACCGGACAAACAAACCAUUCAGGGUGACAUCUUCUCAAUAAGAUCUCAAGAAAGAUAUUUAUUGUUAAACUAUGCACUGUGAAUAUUUGUCAUAAUCAUUUUACUAUAAGAAACUGCUAUGGAGAAGCACAUAAAUAUGUUAUUAUUCUCAAUUCUGGCAUGCUCAGUAUUCUGCUAUAUUGCAAAGAAUGUAGCAAUUUUGCCAAAUGCAAAUUUUUAUUUUGUAACAUCUAAGUUAAAUGUAAAAAGAGCUAAUCAUGAUUUUAAAUAUCUGUUCUUAUAAAACAACAUUAUUUGAUUUACAUUUUCCAUACUCAGUUUAAAUAAAUUAUUGCACUAGACAUAACUGUUUUAAGUCUUCAGUUAUUCUGAAGAUUAUGUACAAGAAAUUUUUAUUUUUAGAAGUAUGAAUAUCAAAAUCAUUACUUGAAUUGACAAAUAUUUAUGCCAUUGUUUUAUUUGCAUUUGUUUUGUGAUAUGCUGCAUGUUUUUGCAUCAAAUUAUUUAUUAAAAAAGAAAAAUUCUAA